UCCUUAUCAGAAUUGUUAUUUUUCUGAGAAGUAAACAAAAGUUGGAUGAAUGAUGGGAUCUCAGUUGUAACUUAUGAGAGCUAAUGCAGGAGGCAAAUUUAGAAGACAUGGCCAGGAAAAGAACGAGGAAAAGGAGCAAGCAGCGUCGACGACGGAAGAGAUGUGAGGAAAAGCCAAAACCACAAACUUCUCGGGAUCAGUGGACCAAUGUAUCUCAAAUAUACCAAACCCUAUUUGAGUGGCACCACAACCAUGUAAUGAGCCUCUGUCAUGGAAAUAAUCCGAACCAGGAUCAGGACUUAGAGGAUGUGCCAGAGCAACCUGGAACAACGCAGUGCCUUGAUUACGUCUAUGAGAGCUCAUCGGAUGAGGAGGAAGUUGAACCCAUUGACGAGGAGUAUCUUAAGUUCCUGGAGGUGACCAUCAAGCAUCAGCAGGAACUGAGAGAUCGAAGAGCUGCCCAAACCACCGACUCUUUAGAAUUGGCUUAGGAUAACCUAGUGUUCUGUGGAUUUUUUAUAUAAACAACUGAUUAUAGCUAUCAGUUAAUCUAUUUGCAUGGAUUAUCUCCACUGCUUGGACACCAUUUCGAUUUGUAUAGACUUCGAGUUAAGAAAAUGAUGAGUAAAAAGUUUGUAAACAUUUAAA